CCCCAUUGUUAUUCAUCUUGGGUUGAAGAAAGAUCAGACUUUUUUUCCUCCCAAUAAAAAUUUUGUGAACUUUUUAUUUUUGCUCUUGAAUUUUUUUAAGGGUUUUUCUUAGAUUGGUUGUCAUUUUCUUAUACUUCUGUACCAAAGAAAAACUCUUAAACUUCAUGGCGGUCACAUUUGAAUAUACUCCUCUACAGUGACUUUGCUGUUUGUGGUUUUAGAUAUUUGCUUUGUUCUAGCUGAAAAGAGGAAGGGAUUGAAAGCAAAUAAAGCGCAGGUUUUGGUUGAUGGAAGCUAAAAGCUGCCAUUCAAAUCUGCCAUUUAACAUCUCAAUUUAGUGUGGGUAUUUUGGAAGGGGUUCCCGAAUUGUUCUGUGGAGCCCCAUUUGAUUCAAUAAUCCAUUAAGGAGAGUCAUCAGUAAGGAAAGAGCAACACAAUUUCGGAAGAUGGAGUGUAAUAAAGACGAAGCCAUGAGGGUAAAAGAUAUCGCUAUCAGAAAGUUUACCGAGAAAGAUUAUGCUGGUGCAAAGAAGUUCGCUCUGAAGGCUCAAUCCUUAUAUAAUGGGCUUGAGGGAAUCACACAGAUGAUAACCACCUUUGAUGUAUUUUUAUCGGCUGAUACGAAGAUAAAUGGCGAGAUGGAUAUGUAUGGCGUACUUGGCGUUACUCCACUUGCUGAUGACAAGACCCUCAAAAAGCAUUUCAAUAAAUUGGCACUUCAGCUGCACCCAGAUAAAAAUAAGUCCGUUGGUGCGGAGGGUGCUUUCCAACUUGUGUCUGAAGCUUAUAAUUUCUUGCGUGAUAAAGCUAAUCGAGAUGCUUACGACAGCCGGCGUAGUGUGAAAACCUCUGUGCCGAAAGCUCCUUCACAGACUGGUGCUUCGACAGGGUCGGCUGGUGGUGCGUAUCAGCCGAAGUUUGCAACCAAUGCUGGGUUUUCAGUGCCAUCAUAUGGCGGAUCCAAAACAGAGCGAAAGGUUCCUACCGAGGGGUUUUUUUUUGGUUCUAGAAAUUCUUCUCAACAGAACGUUCCUAAUAAAAGUGCGAAUUCGGAAGUCCCUCUUGGGGCUAAUGGUUAUCAUAAACAGCCUGGUCCGAAAUCUUCAAUCAAAAAGCCGCCUAAAAGCGGCAAUAAAAGAACGUCUGCAUCCAUUCAAUCAUUCUUCAAGAAAGGCGAGACGUUCUGGACCAUUUGCACUAGGUGCAAGAUGCUAUAUGAGUUUUUGCGAGUUUACCUAAAUAAGAUUCUAAAAUGUCCUGAUUGUCAAUUGGGCUUUCCAGCUGUUGAAGUAUCUGCACCUUCAAAUUUUACUCCAGUUCGCCCUUCGAAACAAAAAAAACCAGCUUCAAGCGCAGGACCUCAGACGUUUGUGCCCAAUAGUUCAUUUGGUACUGCGAGUGCUCGUUGGACCCCUCUGUCCGGAACAAUUUAUAGAGGCCCAGUUCUCGACAAUUCCUUCUUUGCUGCUAAAUCCGUAAAUGAGCAAUGGAAGGCGCACGAGAAAGGUAAAAGUGCGCAUGAGGCUGCCGUAGCUGCUGGUAAACGGAAAAGGAAUCAUGAUCCUGGAUUGUCAACUGAAGAUGGGUUCUUAAAGAAACUGAGAAAAAUAGAUGAACAGAUCAAGAAUGGCAUUUCAAGUCAAUCUGGGGUACGAAACUCCGGAAUUGGCAUGGGAAGUUCACCCGGUCAGAGCAUUUGGAACCCACAAGCAGGAAGAUCAAAUGCUUUUACUGCAUUCAUUCCAAAGGUGAAUAAUGUUCGCAAAGAUUUGUCGGCGGCUGAAAUUAGAAAGAUGCUGACCGAGAAAGCACGUAUAGAGAUCCGCAAGAAACUAAAGGAAUGGGAGUUAGCCCGAGAGGCUGGAAUUGCUGUCGAUGAGAAAGAGAAGCAGAACUCAAAACUUACGAAUGAUGCUGCGAGGCGGGAUUUGGUUAAUACAAAAUCUCGUUCUGGUGUUAAGCAAAAGGCAGCUGAGAUGAUGUCAAUGACCGUACCAGACCCUGAUUUUCAUGUUUUUGAUUUGGAUCGAUCAGAAAGCUGUUUCGCGAAUAAUCAGGUGUGGGCUGCUUACGAUAAUCAUGAUGGAAUGCCCCGUUUCUAUGCCAUGAUCCAUGAGGUCAUUUCUACUGACCCUUUCAAGGUGCGGCUUAGUUGGCUGAACUCGAAAAGCAGCCUUGAGUUUGGCUCUUCGAAUUGGAUAGGUCACGGGUUUAACAAAAGCUGCGGGGAUUUCUGGGUCGGGAAAAGAGAACUGAAUACUUCUCUUAAUUCGUUCUCACAUAAAAUUAAGUGGGUGAAAGGAAACCGCGGAGUUAUCCAGAUAUACCCACAAAAAGGCGAGAUUUGGGCUGUAUACAAAAACUGGUCUCCGGAUUGGAACAGACAUACUCCAAAAGACGUUGUCCAAGCAUACGACAUGGUUGAAGUGCUGAAUGACUACACCGAAACGCAAGGUGUGCAUGUCAUCCCUCUUUUGAAAUCAACUGGUUUCCGCACUGUUUUCCAUAAGCAGUCCGACCCGAAUCAGAUAAAACAUAUAUUUAAGGAGCAGAUGUUCCGGUUUUCCCACCAGGUUCCGAGCCAUGUGCUCACAGGCGAAGAAGGUCCAAAUGCCAUCAAGGUUUAUGUAGAACUCGACCCAGCAGCAACUCCAUCCGAACUCCUUCAGACGACUCCAGGAAUCGAGGAUCCCUUAACAGGAUCAGUUUUGGCUGCUGACUAGCUAUGUCCGAUUAGGUCGUGUACCGGAAAACAGUGCAGUUGUAUGUUUUAGCUGAUAUUUUGACCCACACAGUGAACAGCUGAACUCUUUUGGAUUAUUUUUAUUUAUCCUUUUAAUUGUUUUUGGGGGGGGGUGUUAAGGGGUAUAGGAUACACAGAGGAAACUUUUGGUUUUGGCCUCAUGAGCAAAACCUUAAGUUGCUUCAUAGUUUUUUUUUUUUUUUUAAUUUUUUUUUUAAUUUUUUUUUUUUUUUUUUUAGUGUAGUGGUUAUUUAGAGAGAGAGAGAGAGAGGGGGGGGGGGGGUGAUUAUUUAGUUGGUUAAUGUAGAAUUUAUACAUGGAAAUUGGAAGCUUUAUCUACAGAGUUAAGGAUGUUGUAGAAUUGCUUCAAAAUAUGCUUGUAUUAUUGGAAGUCACAUUGUAUCAUAUUUUGUUGUAAAUCCAUGGAUAAUUAUUCAACUUUUGUCCUUC